AUGGCAUGCUUUUUUCGUAAGCGUCUCUUCAGUUGUUUGAAAAGUAAACAAAACAGUGUCGAAUCUGGCACGUAUCGACGAAACAGCGAGUUCGACAGUAACACUAAUAAUCAAGGAACAAUUUCUUCAUCGACUGAUGUGGAGGAAUUCUCUAAUGAACAACAAGAUCGCCGAAUUGAGGACUGGAUGCCUCCAAACUCAAAUAGCGCCAUAAGAAUUAUUUCCUCUCCCUACAAUGGUACACUGGUUCGCGGAAGCACAAAUCAAGCUAUAACAAGCGACCAAGACUCGUACAGUAUGGAAAUGCCUCCACCAUCAUACAGUUCCUUGUUUUAUUGUCCACCGCCUAAAUACGAAGAUGUCGUGGUGAGCGCGCAGUGAGAGUUGAUAAGCGCUGGAUGAGAAUUUUUACUGAGAGCACGAGGAGCUGUAUUCAUCUGCAAAAACAAUGGACUAGUAAGAUAUGUAUUAUAGUUUUGUAUCUAUUGAUCACACCUUAAAUUAUUUCAAGAAGAUAGUAUGAAACGAUUUUUUUUAUAGAGCUUAUUUGUAAAUAUUUUUAUCGAGGCGACGGUAAAAGAAAUUGGUAAAAGAAAAUAAGAAGAAGACUUCGAUAACAUCAAAGAGUGGAAGAAGUGAACUGUGAAGGAGAUCAAAACAUUAACAUAAUCAUGAUGACAAGUCAAAUAUUUUUUAUAAAACAAUUCUACUUUUGCGUGAUCGUAAGAGGCUGAUAUUGUUGAGGUCAAGUGUUCCCAUGACAUUUUCGUACACAACGGAGACAACAUUGUCUAAUUUUUAUGCCAGUUUGAAAUAUUCAAAAUAUCGCGGCCACACUUGGAGAAAAUGAUUAUGAAAGAAGAAAAAAAAAAUAGGAAAAGAUUUUUAAGCUCAGAUGAAAAGCUAUUUAAUUUAUUUUGUUUCACUGUACUCAGCGUUUUUAAUGAAGUAAAAGUUUCUUUAGUCUAUCAUUGGGUGACUUACAAAUCAAUGUGCGGACGAACUACCAAUUCAAGGCACCAGGCGAUUAGUCGCCGCAGUAGUUAUUUCCGACAAACAGCUUUGCAUGUAUAGCAAGUCGCUGGGACUAAGUAUGUCACUGAAAUAAAGGUAUAAAUUCAAGCCAAAUUGAGUCUUCGCAACCUGUUGAGACAUUUUUACAAAAAUCCUCAUCGUUUCACAAAGCGAACUAUCGCUGCGUAUCACAGUCAUACGUGUCCAGGUGUAGUUUGGCAUUAAACUCUUCAACUACUAAAAUUUGGAAUUAAAUUCUCCGUUUUGUCUGCGAGAAAUUUACCGCAACUUCAGCUCUAAUAAUUUGGUUAUAAAUUAAAUUUUAUCCUGGCCUUAAUUUAUGUUAUUUCAUAUCAUCACUUUUCUACUUAUAACCCUUUAACUCCCAGAAGUGACAAACAUGUAACUUCUCCCUAAGAUAUCCAUACGUUUUCUAGCAAACGGUUGAUGAGAAUACUCAAACUUAUCAGGAAGAAGUUGUUAUCUUGAUCUUAUACCAAAUUCUCGUGACUAAUUUACAAGGAAUUAUGUAACAGCAAGAAGAGAGAAUUAACAAUCAGCUCUUGGGAGGUGAGGGGUUAAAAUGUCGUGAUAUUGCAAGUAGUAAUUAACUUCAGUUAGACUCUGCCGGAAUCGAAAGGGUCAAAAAUCACACAGGAGUAUCGGAAAAGCGCGACUCUUUAACUACUGCAUUCACAGACUGAAUGUAACAUAAUGCAUACGCAACAGCUAACUGUUUUUGUUUAACAAGUAGUGUGCUUGAAAGUAAUGUCUGAUUAUCGAUUAUUGGAGGGAGCAUCAAAACUAUGACACCGGCAAACCCUGGCAUUGUUCCACAUUGACAAUAUUGACAUCACGUUCGAAUAAUGAGCAAACGUGAAAAAAAAUCAAUCGUAAAUAUUAAUUCACGAGGUGUUGAUGGCGCAUUUUCCAUGCUAAAAGCUUUUCACAUGCUAAUACCAAACCUUAAAACCAAAUUCAAACAAAUAUCGUUCAAGAUAUUAUAAUCCCUUGAUAUUGUUGCAGUCAUUUUCUUUCGUGAUCUUAGCACUUUCAUCAACAGCGCAUCCAAAUAGAAGGAACACCAAAUGAGGACCUUAGCGGAAGGAACUGGACCCAAGUGCGUCCGUCCAUUAAGUAAUAUUUGUUUUUCAAAAUUUAUUUGUAAGGAAGCAAUUCUCCUACGAUUAGACUGUUCUUAAAGAUUUUAAAUCAACUGAAUUGCCCAACGACUUUCUGUAAGUAAAAAUGAUUCGCAAUUUUGACUGUUAAGUAGACAAAUUAUUUUGAAUUUUACGUGACUUAAAGGCUGUUUUCCAAAAAAAAAAUGUAUAUAUAUUUAUUUGCCGUUGACUGAAUGAAAUUGGUUUUUAUCACUAUUUCAUUCCCUUGUCAAACUAGUUGCUGUUGCUAUGGUUUUAUUUACGGAAGACAGCAAGGCUUUGGUUUGGUAAUUUCUGGAGUGCAUCUCGAUUUGGCGUUUGGUCGGUUGUGAUCGACUGAUUGUCGGUGAUGAUUACCGAAGCUCAUGGAGGGGGCGGGGGAUGUUUAACGUGACGUAAACCACACGGGGUGGGUGAGUUAAUUCAGUAUCAAACUGCCUAAGAGGGCUCAGUGAAUUUUUAUUCAAUUUGUGGAGACAUCAUGGCAAAAUCGAUUAUUGAUAAUGAAUCGAUAAAUGUUAGUAAAGCUCAUCAAAAAUAUCCUAGCAAAGAUUUCUGCAAACUUUGCUAACAAAUAUUGAAUGUGCCGAGGCUAUCUUCAAGUUAUAAAUCGUAUUUACGGACGAGAUCCUUAUUGCCUUCCAGGAACACCAACUGAAAGAAGCAUGGAAUUGUGGUACUGAUUGGCAGAACUCAAAACAAGACUGAGAAAGUAAAACAAAAACCUGACAAAAAAAUGAUGCAUAUUGAAAGAAAAAUGCCAUUAGCUGAUCUAGCUGGUUGAGUAACAAGAGGUAUAUGAUGUAAUAAGUUGCCCACUCACUCACAAAAUGUUCCCUUAAAAAUUCAGUAAGUACCUUUCAGAUCUCUGUUUCAUUCUCUGCAGUCAUUCUUUAAGUGCAUUACAUUGCUGGUUUUCUUUUACCCCCUAUAAUUUUUAUCAUUUGACCUGACUUUGAAGCAGAAUUAUGUGAUAUGAAUGUCAGUCACAUUUUGUUUGCUCUCACGGUUAAUUUUUCCGCUCUCAGGUUCAAAGGCAGAGGUAAAACCGACUUCAAAGGUUAUUUAAAGGUCGUAUUCUUCAAAACAUACGUGUUUCAGGCAUAGGAAAACUAGGCGAUUUCAAAACAUACAUGAAUCUAUUGUUAGUAACAGUUCAGUAAUGUGUGUUUUUCGUUUUCAGGAUCGUCCUGAAAAGCAAAUACGUCAGAAGAUCGUUGAUUUAAAACAAAUUAAUGCUUACCGCUUGCACUUAAAAUUACUCAUGUUUAAAAUUGUCUUUGCAUGUUUUUUCUUUCAUCUUUUACAAAAUAGAAACUGACGCAGACAAUGGCACGACGCUGGCUUUGCUCUCAUCAUUGUCGAUUUUUUUUAAUCUCUUUUUGCGUUUUUUGAGGGCCAAGAGAAUACCUACGAGAGAAAAAAAAAAUGAAUUUUUUUUAUGGUAAAGAUUCCUUUGCCUUUCGUUUUCAUUUUAGCCGGCUUAAUCAAUAUGGAACCAGGAAAGUUUUUAGUUGAGUCAGUAGUUGCAUAGCUUAAUUUGAAUGCAGAAGUGAAAAUAACAAAUGUUUUGUAGCACGUUGGUCUUCUGUUUGUGUUAAUGUCUGUUUUGUCAAUAGAAGUAUUAGCGAAGGAGAAGAGCUUUGUUCACAUAAUUGAAAGUGACCAAAACCUUCUAAUACACCUGCGGGUUGGAGUCGUUUCCAUGGCAAUGACAUCGCCUUUGCAUAAAGUGACAGGUGAGACCAUUACAAUUUUCAUUAAGGCAAGAAUACGUGUGACUGUUAAUUUCGCAACCGAGCUGGCUGAGAUAGAAUUGACUUGGAAAUCAGAGGCGAGGAGUGUCCCGUAUUUCAGAGCUUGAAUACUUGGAAGUAAGUUUAGGUAAAAUAGUCUCCAAGUAUGGCUGUUCAAACAAUAGUAUUUAAGUGUUUCUAUAACUUUUGAAGUUUUUCAUGAUAACAGGCCAGCAUUUCUGGUACGAAGCCAUCUUCCGAUUUAUUCUAAUAACAAUGCAGGAAACCUCAAUGUUUUAACGUUGCAAAAGUUCGGCUGAUUUUGCUGUCGUAGUUAAAUAAAACUAUUACGUUUAUAAUUACCGCAAAGGGUUUAGCUUUAAGGGCCAGAGGCACCAAAAGUCGACGAAAAAUUUCGACAAAUUGCUUGGUAUGGAAUUUCGUAUCAUAUUUCUAUACAUCGACGAAUAUUUAUCGUCGAGGUCCAUUUUAUCGAUCGUUCGAUCAAUAAUUUUAUGCAAUGAAGCUGGUUAUACAACAAAUUUAGUUUGAAUUGACUGGAUUCGACGAAGCUCUUAGUGAUCUUGAAAGUGGAUGUUAAAUUGCUAACUGUUCGAGACAGGUGUAAUGGAACCAGGUCCGAUGAUAUUUUUAACUUCGGCUCGUCCCUUAACAAAUUAAAAUUCAAGUCUUCGUAAUUUAAACUCUAUCAAAGUUGAUUUCAAUUAUUUGGCUAGCAUUGCCACAAAGAAAGGAUCUGAAUAGGUAUAAAUAUAAACAUGGUUUUGAUAUUGAAGAAUUUGUCAAUAUUGAACGGGAGUAGAAGUUGAAAAACCAUCUGUGUUGAACUAUCGUCAACGUGCAAAGUACAAUUGUCCUAUUUGUUUUGUGUUUUGCACAAUUAAUGAAUGUUGCCUUGAGCUAUUUCCAACUAUGGUUACGAUCUUAUUGGUCAUGUCGUUAUCGAGCUCUAUGUUUGUUUUCUGCAUAGAAACAUCAAUAUUUUUUUUGUGAGUGUGUUUUUUUGCCUUCUGGUGUCGGUUCUGUAUAUAUUGUAUAGUGUUGUACCUUCCAAAAUAAAAUAAAUUCUGUCCUGAAUUAUUCCUUGAUUUAUUCGGGGCAUUUUAGCCUCUCAGGGCUGUCGAGUGACAAAUGUGUUGGCCAGUAAUGGCUUUUCUUUCCGCUUUUUUCCGCCCUUAACGUGUGCUAUGCGUGUGCAAAGUGUUUGCGAUGUAUGUGCAAAGUGCUUGCAAUAUAUGUGUGAUGUGUGAGUGAUAUGUGUGCCCUAUUUGUGUGAUAUAUGUGUGAUAUGUGUGCGAUAUGUGUGAAAUAUUUGUGCGAUAUAUGUGCGAUAUAUGUGUGAUAUGUGUGCGAUAUGUUUGUGAGAUGUGCAAGAUGUGCGUUUACAUGGUAAAAGAAGAAUUUAAGCUCCGACCAGCCAUUAAACCCUUAACGAUGUGAUGUCCUUCGAGGCUCAGUCGGUGGUAACGCAGUAUACAAUUUAUUUCAUAUAUAAAAUCUUGCAUGAAAUCAAUUCUAUCUACGGGGACACAAAGCCUAGUUACAUUUUGCCUCGAUCCCAACACGAGGCUUUGCAAGUCAGUUGGCAGUAGCUCUGGACGAGCACCUGGGAGACCCAGGUACAAGCCAUGUCGAGACUUAGUUUCUUAAAUUAAGCGCUACUUUCUGCAAUAUUUUAAAUUUAUGUUUGCCAACGAGUUUCGAUUCGUCAAUAGUCAUCUGCAAGGUCAAGGAUUAUUCGUUUUUUCUAAAUAGAAUUCGUGUAUCCAACACGCAAAAGGCAGAUUUCAGGCGACAUAAGAGCUGCACUUUAUUUUCACUUGAACAAGAAAUUCUUCUGUUAUUGUUCUUGUUUUUGAAGUCAAACUCCUUUCGGUUUUCAAGCUAUAUUACAUGGGUUAUCUUUUACAAAGAGGAUAUAUCUUCAACAUUUCUCGACAUAAUUCUCGUCAUAAGAAAAGUUUUAUUUUAAUCACAUGGCAUUUCUUCUGAUCAACGUUCUAAUGUCUCUAGAAGCCUAAAAUAAUUUUCAUAAUGUUUACAAGACGCCGAUUAAUUAAUGUGCUAUUACAAUAUUCUCCCAGCUACCAUUGGGUGUUAAUAAAAACUGUUGCCUCACAGCUACAAUCAAAUUAAGGCCCGCAAAACAUCGGACGCGUUUUUGACGCAUCUCACCUGGCUUUAAUGACUCAUUAACUUUAACUUCUUUAAAGACAUGUGGACAGCGAUAACUCUAAGAACUUGUCUGCUCAGUGCACAACAAAAUAACAGAGAGAAGAAAAUGAAUCCGAACGCAGAGCGCGACUAGCAGGGUCUAUGAAUUUUACCAAAUUUUUUCCCCCACACCAAGAUUGCGCAUCAUUUCCCACUUCUGUUUCCUUUACUUCUCCCCUCUGUCUGUCAUACAAUUCUUAUGAUGUUAGUUCAGAGAAUUUGGUAUUGGAUCAACUAAUAGUAGUCUAAUUGAUUUUUUUCUUUACUCUCAUUACCUGUCGGCUCGUUAUUAUAUUGAUAUUGCCAGAAGAAAUUCUGUUCAGGUCAUUCAUAGUAGUUAAAGAGUUAAAAAGUCAGCUUGCGAAAGCUAGAUCAAAAUCUGGUUUCUUCCCAUAAACGGAUAUGGGCGAAAUUUUAACUUUUGAUGGUGGAGCUCUUAGUUUUUACCUGGUAGCUUUUUCUUUCUGAUUUAUUACAGUUUUAUUGCGUUUUAUUGCAUCUUCAUGUUUUAUAGUUUAUUUACCCAAUCGAAUUCGAUCUAUUUAUCUAUUCUCUUUUCUACAUAUUGCCUUAAAUUUUAUGAAUGUCAAGCUUUCGUUUGGUCCUUUAGCUCUUAAAUGUAGUUUAAUGUACGUAAUAAGCGCCAGCUUUUAAAAAUUCGUGAUGGUGGUCAGUUUGCAUCUAAUAACGCGUUGGUAGAUUCAGGUGGUUUAACUAACUACCUUAGACAUCUCUCAACGGUUUGUUUUACGGCUUUUUGCGGAAGUUUUCGACCUCUCUUUUGGUAAGGAGCCUUAAAUUUUUCCAGAUCCUGUUAGCGGCGUGAAAACAGGUGACUCUCAUACAAAGAUUCUCAGCUAACAUUUACUUGUGAAGUAAGAAAUAACCGAGUGAGAUAUAUCGUACCGGUUAAACGACUUAUUUUAGCACCUGCGCGUCAUCUCAAUAUCAUACGCUUCAAAUGCUUCAUUGAGGCAACGGAGCUGAUGUUUAUCUUGUAAUUUUACGUGAAGGAGUAAUUCUUAAAACGUCUCUCUUAGUCACGGACGCUAAAAAUAUUUUUUUCAUCGUCUAUAAGAGAUUUUCCGUUUUUAACAUGAAAAAACGAAAGAGGAAAUUAAAACUUGUCAUUUUAGGGAAAAAUUCCCUUUCUGACGACAGGAAGUCUAACUUGUCGGCUGGUUGAUGUUUGUUAAUGCAAAGAAACUAAAAUAAAAGUAAUAAAAGUCACGUUUUUGACGUACAGCUGGCUUUAAAAGCAGCCUAAUUGUUUUUCGAUCUCUCAAAGAGCGAAAGAAAUUCAACUAAUUGCGAACGUUCGUUCUCUUUCAGAACGAUUGUACCUAUGCACCGUGGUUGGUUGCGGCGAUCUAUGCCGUUUGAGCUCAGCUUUGUUUAUCAGAAAUAUGCUCAGAUUUACUUCUGAUUACAGUCAUGCCCAUUUUUAGACGCAAACGCUUCUGGAGCAAAGGUAAAGAGGGCGCUUACAUGGUAAGUUCGGAUGAUAAUGAAUCAUCAACGGGUAAAAACAGUCCAAGAAAUCGCGCGGGAUCUUACAACUCCGAUCCCAGGGGCAGUAUCGGUUCUGCUGGCAGUAUAGCCACGCCUGGAGGAUCUGAAGAUGCUAGGAGCUACCAGCUAUCGAGAGCGGGCUCGAUAGCAACUCGUUCUGUGUCCAAGUCACACCAGAAUGGUUUGACAAGCUCUGUAGGGUCGUUGGACGAUGACAUUGAAGUGUGGGACUCCAUCUCUGUACAAGAACAAACCGUUCGGCUCCUUGGUAGUUUCAGGAAACCAUCAGUGACAAUGCAGCAGAUUCAAGUAGAAAUAAACGAGGAUAAGCUUGCUCAGAGCGGGAGACAGGCUACUAAGGAAGAAGAGCGUCAUGUAGAUCCGAUAGAUGCCGAAACGACGGCUCAUGUCAAGAAGGUUGUGGCCUCCAUCUUACGGCAGUACAGCGAGGCUUCUAGCGACUCUGGAAGCUCCACAGCUGAAAACUUGGAAACUGAAUCCCCCAUUUUGUCCGACGAAGAAUCAUCGGACGAAGAAACCGAAGACGAGUUUGAUUUGGAGGCGCAUGUCAGGAAAAUCUGUAAACGCGACAACGGAAGUGACAGCGAGUCGGACGGAAACGGAAGUAACAACUCGGAAAAAGUAUUUAAAACUGCCGUCCGUAAGGCAAUGAGGAAAAUAAAGCGAGAACGAUCAGAUGAACUAGCCGAUUCCGAUAACGGAUCCAUGAAGGGUACGGAAAACGAACGACCGCCGAAUAGCGACGGUUCUUCUUCGGAAUCUAGCGACGAAAGUAAUGACGAUGGUAACUCCAGUGGGGCUGGCAGCUUUGAAAUGACACGAGAUGUGGACCCUGAGAUCCAAGAACUCAUGGACGGUGGGCCCAUUAUUCAUCCAAACGGAGAUUCAUCCGACGCAAACAAAUAUCGCACCAUUUAUAAAUGUUUCAUGCCCGAUGAAGGAAAGAUCGGUUCCAAACAAGAUCCAAUCGCUAAUCAAUCGGAAGAUACCGGAAAUCCUCCGACGGAAAACCACCGUGAAGAUAACUUGGCCUCAAGUUUGGACGAUAGCAAAGCACAGGACCUUCGGUGGCCGUUUUCCAGUUUUUAUGUGAAAGAAGUAAGUCAUGAGGCGUCAAUCCCUAAGAAUUUUGAAGCGCUGCCGUCCUAUCGUUCGACCGCUGCCAGCGCGGCGCAUCCUGGCCGAAAGAGAAACGUCAUGCUGGGACGAGUCUGGUGGGUAGAAUGGUGGGCACGGGAGGAUACAAAAAUGAAAUCAGGCGCGGAUACUCAGCAGUGA